UUAGCUGUAACCAAACUGUAUUCAAUUAAUUUUGUGAUUUAAAAUGGUCUUCGGCAGACUUUGAUCAUAACAAGUGGUUACUUUUGCAACUGGAUAUUUUCAUUAUUCGAUCAUUCUAAAUAUUUUGGAUGAACAGGAAAACCUAAAGAAGUGUCAAAGAAGGCACACAGUGCAUAAAUGCAUGCAUACAUGCUUGGACCCCAAAGGAAGGGUCCUCAAAUUAAUGGCAAUUUUGAAAAUAUAUGGUUGUCAUGUAUUUCAACUUCAAGGUGAACACAUUAACACAUUAACACAUUACAUUACUGUGUACUGGGACGACUGUAGUGCAUGAUGGCUGCAUCUGUAUGACUUACAUAUAUAGUCAUAAAAAGAGUAGCAGUAAAUAGGACAUUGUCAAAUUUCUGAAACAUUGAUUGAAAUAGCAUAUUUAUAGGCACCUGUGAUGAUUGUCUAUUGCGUUCUAUACCAUUGUUCAUCUAUGGCCUGUUUCUACCUGUUUGCUUCAACUCCAUUAACAUCUAAAAAGUGAAAAAUGAAGAGCUGAAUGAUAAUUCAGUCUAAAGUACUAAGUAUACUGUUGUGUUACCAUUGUGUUUUCAUAUUAUUGACAUUUAAUACACUAUAGCAUCCAUUUUUGGCUUGAAGUGAGACAAUAUUAUGACAAUGUGAUAUUUAUAGCUGCUUUUAGACCAUAGAGUGUGAACAUCCUUGCAAAUUCAACCACCCACACACACCUGUUAAAUACACAUCCUAUCUCAUCAGCACACACAUACAAAACCUUUGAGGUCAGGUUCCUCCCAUGACGCUCUUGCUGCAUUCAUUCCUCAGAAGCUCCACUUAUCUUCAUUUUGUAAUUACAAAAUAAAUACAUUAAAAAUUUAGAAAACAGAGCCACCCAGAAACUACAAGCAACGUCAACCUCCACAGGGCUUCUAUAAGCAGGGGUGAAAAUUAAAAGGGCAUCACUAGUAUAUAAUUUUGCUUUCAUGUAGGAGCAGUAGGGAACUUAACUCAUUGGCUGCCAGCCAUUUUCAGAGCAGUGGUUGAAUUGAUGUCUAUAGCAGUCAAUGGCAGCCAAUGAAUAAUGGCACCCUUUUUGAUUGGAAGGGCACCAAUAGGAAACAAAGUUGAAAGGACAAGUAAGGCACUCCUUUAGAAACUAUCUUUCUUCUUCUUUUUAAAAAAAAAAAUGUGUAUAUUUUGCUUAAGAGGCCAAAGAUGAAUGGCAGCCAUAGGGCACUUGCGUGGAACUGUUCAUUAAAUCAAAGUUGCAUUUGGAGCACAUGGGCAGUGUUUUUAUGGAUUUUCUGAUACAGAAGUCAGACAAAGUUUUUAAAUAUAGCUCUGCCUCUUGAUUUAGGCACAAAUGACCUUUAAGAACAAGAAAUUGUCAACAUUUGAGCUCAGCAUCAAAACACCUAGUGUGAGUAACGGUAUAAUGUGCGUGUUAUUGAGUGGUUAGUAAACACUCUGUUUCCGCUUCUGUUGACGUGCUGCACAUACUCUCUCUCUCUCUCUCUCUCUCUCUCCGCCGUCCCAUCAUGCACCGCGAGGUCUGCAGUAUAUUAUUGACAAAGAAAAGCGGUUGGAGAGGAAUAACAACAGGGUGGGAUCACACACUCAAACACACUCAGUGACACGAACCAGUGUGCUGACAACUAGCUCCCCCGUAACCAUGUAAACAGCCACGUGACCAGCUACACAGACUCAAGAUAUGUUUAAAAAAGUGUCAUGUCAUGGCCCCAAGAAGCUGAGAGCGUGAAGUGCCAUUUCCUUCAAUAUUGAGUUUACACAGCGUGAUCGUGUGGUAGUGGGGGUUCCAGCGCAGGCACACCGUGGACGGAGAAGAGCUCAGCGGGAGCCAAUGCAGCAGCAUCAUCAUCGACAGCCUGAGCUGGUGGAAGGAAGCCUUCCCGUGUUCGUGUUCCCCACUGAACUCGUCUUCUACGCAGAUGAGCAGACGUCUCACAAGCAGGUGCUCACCCUCUACAAUCCCUAUGAGUUCGCCCUCAAGUUUAAAGUGCUGUGCACAGCGCCAAACAAGUACAGUGUGGUGGAUGCCACUGGAGCCGUCAAGCCACAAUGUUGUGUUGACAUAGUAAUCAGACACAAAGAUGUGCGGGCAUGCCAUUAUGGUGUGUAUGACAAGUUCCGGCUGCAGGUGUCGGAGCAGAGUCAGCGCAAAGCUCUGGGUCGCAAAGAGGUGACGGCAACGCUCCGCCCCUCUGCCUCACAGGAGACGCCCAGCCCCCGGCCCCAAGAUGAGGAACGCAGAAUCAAAGAGCAGUUCGCAGAAAGCGAGUUUUUUGAGCAGACUGCAUAUCAGUCAGAGAGCCGUCCUGUUGCUGGGGGGCCCAGUCUGCUGACGGUGCUGCUUGGGCUGGUGUGUAUGGCCGCCCUGAUGCUCCCGACACUAGGGGAGCAAGAAUCUACUGUGCCUGUCUACCUCCACUUAAGUGUUAACAAGAAACUUGUAGCUGCUUAUGUUCUUGGUCUUCUAACAAUGGUCAUCCUGCGCACAUGAAAUGCUGUGAGCUGAGCUGAGGAGGGAAAAUGACCUCUAAGACUCGAGAGAACAUUCUCACACCAGAGGCUACACCUCAGUGUGUAGAGCUGACAGCAAGGGAGACGGUGCGUUUCUUGAAUCCGCCCCUCCCCUCUGUGGAGGAUUCAUUUAAGCAUACUUGUUUUCAAACACACACAUUUGUGUUGAUACAUAGUUACACACAACUGACCUGAUGCAAAGAGCAGAAACCUCUGGUGUGGAAGUCCAAAUGAAUGCUUGAUGUAAGAGGAGCUGUCCCUGAAUGGGGCCAUGAGGUGAAGAAACAUGAGGCUGGUCAAAGUGUUUUUGGCCUCAUUUUUUCCUGUAUUGAUAUUUCUGUUGCCAUUAUGUGACAAAGUGGUGAACUCAAGUGUGAAGAAUCUACUUGCAAAAAUGUAUAUAAAGCCAUUAAGGUUUUGUAAUGGUACUCACAUGUAACCCUCAUUAUAUUGAUGUUUUAACACAUUUUUAGCAUAGACUCUGAGGACUUCAUGCAGUUUGCAUGUAUGGAUGACCUAUUUGAUAUCUGAAUGAGUCUUUUUUUUUUUUUUAGUAGUAUGUUACUUUUACAUUUCAAAGGAAAGAUCUUCCUUUUGUUUGCCGUAUUAUAUCAGUGCUCCAUCAAAUGAUAAAUAAAGUCUAAACAAGUCUG